CUUCCCAUCCUGGCCACGCCCCCUUCUCCGGGAGGCUCCGCCCCCUCCUGGCCCCCUCCCACGCCCAUCCGCCCCAGAGCCUGCAUCAGCCUCCCAGGAUGGGGAUCAAGGUCUACAUCGCCUCUUCCUCCUGCUCCACGGCGAUGAAGAAGCAACAGCAAGAUGUGCUUGGCUUCUUGGAAGCCAACAAGAUUGAGUUUGAGGAGAUAGACAUAGCGGCCAAUGAAGAGAACCGCAAGUGGAUGCGGGAAAAUGUCCCCAAAGAGAGCCGUCCAGCCACCGGGAAUCCCUUGCCGCCGCGGAUCUUCAAUGACAGCCGGUAUCUUGGGGAUUACGAAGCUUUCUUCGAAGCAAGAGAGAAUAAUGCUGUAUAUGCUUUCCUAGGUUUGACUGCCCCACCGGGUUCAAAGGAGGCAGAAGCCCUGGCCAAGCAACAAGCCUGAGUGGCUCUCCAUCCCAAAAGCCUUAAGUGUUAUCCAAAGGGAAAUAUCUUCAGCUUUUUAUACAAUCGCAACCUUGUCUAUGCUUCGAGAAAAAAAAUAUGGUUUUGUUGUUUCUGAUUGCUCUGCACAGCUCUCUGUUGUUCAUGAAUACAAGAUGACGGAGCGCCAAGCAAAACAUGCCAUUGAGGACAGCAAAUGUCAUUGAAUGGAUUCUGAAAUGGUCGACAUUUCCACGUCUCCCCACUUACCCACCCAUGUAGAAAUCAGCUUUUUUACUAUCCAUAAUGCAGAUGCCUUGAUAUACUCAGUAAACAAAGUGGAAACAGCAGUACAAAACAAAUCUAAACUUUUCAAAAACCAAGCCCCAGUGCCUAAGCUGUUCCAAAAACAUUGCUGAAAACGUAAAAUGCUAUGAAAUCAAUCUUUUUAAAUAAACUUUUUUAUUUUGUUAUAACGCUAGAAUGUAGCAUGGUGAUAGUUACAAGCGCUUGCAAGGUUAUAGGGUAUAUUUGCACUUGCAAAGCAUAGGUACUAAAAUUCUCUAUAUUUUUCUUUUUGGUAGCAAUGAAAUAUUUUUUAAGUGAGAUUCUCAUUGGAGUGCCCCUAAGUGCAGAAGAGGGAGGCUUAAUCGUGGCAUAAUGCCAUGGCCUUUUGGGGACCUAAAUGCACCCAGAUGCAGGGGUUUGUUUUGUAAAUAAGCCAAAAAAAUCAAAACCAAGCCAGGCAUGGUUCUUGUUUCUGCAAAAUUGGAAGACAUUUGUGUCUCUUUGUGCAGAAGUUCCAUUCUUGUCUCUGUGUGUUUCAGACUUUGGAAAGCAAUAGCAUUGUUCUUGGAUUUGGUCCCACCAUAUGCCUUUUGUGCAACUUGCAUUGAUGUGCCUUUUAAGUUUCAUUUGCAUUUAGGAAUGUCUCACAGUUUUGAUCCACACACUUAAGGGUUUUGAUUGUUCAGGGUGUUUUUAUAAAUGGCACAAAGAAGAUGGUCCUUCCUUACAAAUAGAGCUGUUCCAUACGCUGCCAUAUAAUCCAGAUCAUAGAAUCAUAGAGUUGGAAGAGACUUUGUGGGGAGUCCAGUCCAACCUCAUUCUGCCAAGAAGCAGGAAAAUCACAUUCAAAGCACUCCCGACAGAUGGCCAUCCAGCCUCUGAAGGAGCCUCCACUACACUCCCUCUGGGGCAGAGAGUUCCACUGCUGAACAGCUCUCACAGUCAGGAAGUUCUUCCUAAUGUUCAGGUGGAGAUAAGUAGGUGGACCAAAGUGGAUAAUUCAAUAUUAUCUGAACUUGAUUAUACACUGUCAUAUAAUCCAGUUCAAAGCAGAUAAUCUGGAUUUUAUAUGGCAGUGUAGAAGGGGCCUAGGAUUUGUGAAUCAAGUUAAAUACAGUAGAGUCUCACUUAUCCAACGUAAACGGGCCGGCAGAACGUUGGAUAAGCAAAUAUGUUGGAUAAUAAAGUGCGAUUACGGAAAAGCCUAUUAAACAUCAAAUUAGGUUAUAAUUUUACAAAUUAAACACCAAAACAUCAUGUUAGACAACAAAUUUGACAGAAAAAGUAGUUCAAUACACAGUAAUGCUAUGUAGUAAUUACUGUAUUUACGAAUUUAGCACCAAAAUAUCAUGAUGUAUUGAAACCAUUGACUACAAAAAUGCGUUGGAUAAUCCAGAACGUUGGAUAAGUGAGUGUUGGAUAAGUGAGACUCUACUGUACUGGGAAAGAUACAUCCAAUACAUUGUGUUCUGAAUCCAAAACUCUGGUUAGUACUUUUUCAUUCCAUUUUAAGAACCAUUUGGACUUGUUUCAUAAUGUAUUCUUUGUUCUGUAAACCUGUCUGAACUCAAGCCUCUUUGCUGUUUUUUUUCCUGUUUUUAUUCAUUGGGUUUGAAUUUUUGAAAUCCUUCAUUUCCUCAUCAGUGAUCAUUUGGGGCCUGGAUUGAUGAACACGGUGACAAGGUGUUAUGGUUAAUUCAAUUUCUCAAAUAAGUCAUGUGGAUUAAUGAUUCCAGUUUAAGGUUGUUUCCAUGUGUGUCCUUUCUGUUAAAUUAUUCCUGUUAUUGGUAACUGAAAUACUGCAACAAAUUCCAAUUUCCAAAACCCGCAGUUACAAGCUGCACAUUGACCUCCUUGUGUCUACUCUGCUGCUUCGUGUUAGAUCUGCGUGCAUUUCCUAAUAAAAAGUUUCUACUCA